ACUCAGUUUCUCAAAGUUUUUGCAUGCUAUCUGGAUGUAAACACCAUGGAAAGUCCUAACAGAAUCAUAGGAUUUUUCUUGUUUUUGAUUUUAAUAUUCUUUUCUCAAAAUGUACAUUCAGCUGAAAAGGAACCCAGCACUUGCACAGAACUGAAAGAUGCAUGUGGCUGCCACUUUCUUCAGGGCCCUCCUGGCACCCCUGGAUUACAUGGAGUUCCUGGAUCCCAUGGACUACAAGGACACAAAGGGGACCCUGGACAACCUGGACUCAAAGGAGAGAAGGGAGAAAUGGGCUAUCCAGGAAAAUCUGGACCUUUAGGACAGAAAGGUGACAACGGAGAAAAAGGUGAAGCCGGAAGCACCAGUUCUACAACAGACUGCAGCUCUGGACCAAAAAGCUGCAAAGACGUUAUGGGAAUGGGCCAUAUCCUUACUGGCUGGUAUACCAUAUAUAUGGAGAACUGCAAACCGCUGAUGGUGCUCUGUGACUUAGACACUGAUGGAGGAGGAUGGUUGGUGUUUCAGAAACGUAUUGAUGGUUCUGUGGAUUUCUACCGUAAAUGGGAAGCAUAUAAAAAAGGAUUUGGGAACCGUCUGUCUGAAUUCUGGCUUGGAAAUGAUAACAUUCAUCAACUUACUAAAAAAGGAAAUUUUCAGCUCCGUGUUGACUUGAUGGAUUUUGAAGAUAACAAAGGUUUUGCCAAGUACAGUAGUUUCCAGCUUUUUGGUGAAGCAGAUAAUUACAAACUGAUUUUGGGAUCGUAUUUAGGUGGUGACAUAGGGGAUUCUCUUAUUGGCCACAAUAAUGUUUCAUUCUCCACAUCUGACCGUGACAAUGAUAUCUAUGCUACAAACUGUGCUGUCGAAUUUCAUGGGGCCUGGUGGUAUACAAAUUGCCACAGUUCUAAUCUGAAUGGAAAAUAUCUAAAAGGAGUGCAUAUAUCAUAUGCAGAUGGGAUAAACUGGAGUUCCAGCAAGGGUUAUUACUAUUCUUACAAACAAACAGAAAUGAAGAUUCGGCCAGUGGAGUGAUACGAGAAAUCAGUAACACCUUUUAGCAGCUAUGUAGCAACAGAAUUACUGCCAAUAUGUUUAUGUAUGUAGAAUUAUCAUACACUGCUGUUUAGAUAUAUAAACAAUUUUGAAACAGGACCGAUAAGACAGAAACAUACAUUGAGGCAACAGAUAUAGACUAGCUGCCACUACUAACAGAUUUGACUGUGGAUUCUAAUUUACUAUUCACCUAUAUCCUUCAAACUCAUCCAUGAAUUGCUUUAAGAUCAUGCCUUAAUUUUUAAAUUGUUUAUUGUUCCUUGCAAAUACUGCGUUUUCAAAAUAGCUUUACUUUUUCCUACUUUGUAUGAAAAGUAUUUCCUUCUGUUGCUUCUAACAUAUGUCUAUCUGUAAAUUAUUCAGAUCAUGACCCUUAUUCUUUUAUAUUUAUUGUUGUUUGCAAGACAUUUAUUGGAAUUUGAAAAUGAUUUAAAGACAGAAAAAGUCAGUAUGAUAGCCUCAAUUUAUAACUUUCAUCUAGGAUAUAUGUCUUAAAGGACAUCUUUCCCAAAAGGCCCAGUUUUUCUAACCAGAUUUUUUCUUUCCUUUACUGCCAAUAUCAGAAGUACCACAUGCAAAAAAAAAAAAAAAAAAAAUAUAUAUAUAUAUAUAUAUAUAUAUAUUUCCAUCAUAUGCCAAGUUAUGCAUUCCAUCUGUCCACAGUUGUGGCUGCUCGCAAAAUAUUGCAUCAUUCAUUUUAAUAUUCACCAUAGCAUUUGCUGUAUUUUGGCUUUCUGUGGUUAGCAGUUUUUUUUUUAUAUGACAGAAAAGAAAAACAAUUAAUCUAGUAAUGUAUUAUCACUUCACGAAAAAGAAAAACACUGACCCUUGUCUCGGAUUGAAUGCAAGAUCCCUUGUAGCCUGUUUCUGGAUUUUUAGGUACCUGGCUUCCCCCCAAAAACAGUGUUUUCUCCUUUCAACUAGGAAACCAACAUGCUGGUGAUUUUUUUUUGAUCACACAUACAUUCCUUGUUAGUCCAGUGACCACCGCACGCAAUACAGCAGGUACUGGGUUUAAUCCCCAAACAAUAGUCAUUCUUUUUAUUCUGCAAUGAGUAGUUAUUUUAUUGGAGACAUGUCAUAUUUAAUAAUUCUCCAGCAAUGCAGAAGUAACAGUUAAAGCAUAUUUAGUCUUCUAUUAGCUUGGAUUCAGAGUUACACCACUAAGUGUGAUUGAUGACUUGAUUCUUUUUCAAGACAUUUAUUUUUCCUGAAAACAUAUCCGUCCUACUUCAGCUCUCGUCUAGAGCUUGUUGGUGAAAUUUGGGUUUUAUAAGCUUCCAAUAGCUUGCUGAACAAUGUUUGCUAUUAUCUAAUAAUUAAGACUGAUAGCAUUGCAGAUUAGAUUACGUUAUUUUUUUAGUUCAGCCAUGUGUGAGGCCAUCAACAUGACAGUAUCUUAUCCUAUUUUUAAAGACAUACUUCUGAUAUGUGGAGACUUAACAAAACUGAAAUGGCAUUACUGGAUUGUAUGUUCACCAUAAUCAUAUUACCAAAAUGUGGAUAGAAGGUAAUAAGAAAAUUUUAGUAAAAAUUACAUCUUUAAAUAAUUUUGAACCUUCUAGUGAAAUUUAAGUAUACAUCCACAUGCCCCAAUCAAAACCUAAAAUUUCUGAAACUCACUUUUUUUGUGAAAUCUAUGGUUAAUUAUUAUUAUAUAAUUAUUUUAUAUGGCAGAAAAAAAAACAAUUAACCUACUAUUGUAUUAACAUCUCAACAAAAAGAGAAACACUGACAGUUGUCUGGGGAAUGAACACAGGAUCCCCACUGUAGCCUGUGUGGUUGUCACUGCCACAUGACCAGCAAGAAGUAUCUUGAUAGUUAAGUACCUGGUUUCUCCCAAUAAUUAGAUCUUUAAAUAAUUUUACACCCAUUGGGCAAAUUUAAGUGUACAUCCACAUGCCUCUGUGAUCCUCUACAGAUUUUUUUCUUUGAAAUUUGUGUAUGUAUGUAUUCAUGGAUGUAUUACAAAGAAACAGAGUUCUGUAAAUAUUUUUGGUGUUCGUAUUUUUAAAAUGGUUUUGUAAUGGAUAUCAGGGACAUAUUUAGAAAUGUUCACACGUGAGUUGUUUGUGGAUUUUGUGAAAUGUAUUAGUUAACUGAAAUGCAAUAAGUUUCAAUAUUUGGACUGAAUUUAUACAGGGAAAAUAAAGUUUCCCAGUGAAACAUUUUUGAGAAUGUGGUUAAUGCUGCCAUAAAUAAAAUAAUGAUUCAUU